AUGGCGCAGAUGGACUCCUGCGGGAUGGUGACAGCGGCUCCCCCCUGGGCAGCGCUCCCUCCCGCACCUUGCUCCCGUUGCUUGCCAGUCUGGCCGUUUGCGGGUCCUUCGCCCAUUGGAGUGGAUUUCGGGUUGCUCUCCCGCACCAGCUGCUAUUUCCGUGCAUGGGGGGCGCCAGAUUGGCACAGCCCGGAUGGACUCUCCUGGGCGGCAGAUAUUCACCAAGAGUGUGCCGCUCAGGCUUCCUUGCACCAGUUGUGGUGGACGCACGACCUCUUCCAGAAUCUCCCGGCAUCCGCUCCAGCGCCUUAUCGCCAGGCCUUCUCUAGUUUCCCAGUAUGGUCUGGCGGUGUACCCGAUCAGGUUCUCAUCGCCACUGAUGGGAGUGGCGAGCGGGGAGGAGCAUGGGCCUUCUGCGUAUGGGUUUGGUGGCGUCACAAGUGGCACCGGGUCGGGUGGUUCGGCGCCGCGGGGGCCGAUACCCCUUGGUUCUCUGGAACUGCGGCCCCCGGGAGUGUCUCCUUUCACGCUGAGCUUUGGGCCUUGCAGGCUGCGGGCCUCUGGCUCCUCGCUUGGGUCGACCGCCUCUCCCUCCUGACGUCAGCAGCGCCUGCCAAGGUCACCAUUGCGGUUGACAAUGCCUCUGCGCUCCAGAUCGCGGCUGGGCAAGCGCAGGCCAGUGAGCCAGUCACCACCCUUACUCGUUAUAUCUGGCAAGCUGUCCAGUCCCGUAUGUCCACUCGCUUUCAGCACGUGCACAGCCAUGUUGGCAUUCUCCCUAAUACGAUCGCCGACUUUCUCGCUGGCUGGGCUGGUCGGACCUCGUGGCAUCCCUGGAAACAUGUCGAUGCUGCCCUCCCCGCUCUGCUGCAGGAGGCGGCACCUUGGCUCUGGCUCAUUCCACAUGCCAAGGUGGUCCAAGGCAGACCCUGGAUCCGUCUCACCGCGCAGUCACUUACCCAUGUGCCCUGUGCGGCUCCGUCGCUAGAGCCCCAGCGACCGUUGCCGCUAGCACCCUCGCUAUCCCUCCGCAUUGUUACGGCUAACGUUCAAACCAUGCGGGACUCUUGUGCCUCCUUCUUCAAUCCGUCGGGUCAUGGCCAGCGGCGUCAAUACUUGUACUCUCAAGUCGCCCAGUUGGGCCUCGAUGUGGUCUGCCUUCAGGAGACGCGCAGCAAAGGGGGCCGAUGGGAUACAGCCGGCCUUCUCACCUGGCGCUCCGGUUUCGGUUGCGAAAUUUGGGUUAGGCCCCAGAUAGUUAACCCCCCCCUCCGCCUGGAUGACUGGCGGAUUGCCUGUGCUGACCCAAGACUUUUAGUCAUAGUCUGUAAACGGGCGGACCUCCCUUUGGCCGUUGUAGCGGCGCAUGCUCCACACGCCGACAGACCAGUGCCCGAAAUCCACCACUUUUGGUCCUCACUGCAAUCUCAGCUGUGCCAGCUCCCACGGGCCCUCACUUUAGUCCUGGGUCUCGAUGCUAACGCCGAUCUCCUUUGGGCCGAUGACGACCAUGCCUAUAUCGGGGAUGCUCUCGGUAAUGGCGAAGAAGGCGCGGGCGAGCAAGGCCUCUUUGAUACCAUCCAGCGUUUUGGCCUCCUCGCCCCCGCCUCCUUCUCGGACCUUCAGGACGGCCCGGGCUGGUCCUGGGAGCAUACUGGCGGCACCCGCAAGCGUCUAGACCAUAUCUUGCUCCAGGCUGGCCCCUGGUCCUGCCGUCGCACCCGACAGCUUCCUGAGCUGGACAUUCUCAAUGGUCGUCGGGAUCAUAUGCCGCUUCUGGUCGAGUGCGACCUCCGGGGCCAGGCCACCCGGCCCAUAGCGCCGGCCCCACCCCGCGCAACUGUGCACCAGGCACGGGCCAUUGCUGCCGAUCUCUGGGGAGCUCUGCCGUCCACCUUCCGGCACAUUGACAGCGUGGGAGCUGAAGUGCAGGCUCUUAAGACCAAGCACUCCUGCUUGCUCCGGGCCUUCCUCGCCCCCCACGCGCGAGAACAGCUCCCCCGGCUGCGGACCAAUCUGGAGUGGCAGCAGCGUCGCUUUCUCUUGCAAGUCUGGCGUCUGGGUUGCACACACCGGCACCCCGAUGCUGCACCCCUGCGCCCUGAUCCGACGGGCCUGCAGCAUGCCCGCCUCCUUCUCCAGGCUUGUAAUCUUCAUGUUCGCGGGCUUCAGCAGAAGGCCCACUAUCUUGCUAGGUCCGACAAGCUGGCUCAUUUCCGCACACUUACUCUGGAGGCGACCAAACACUGGGAAGCUACUGGAGUCCCCUUGGAAUCCAUCCGGCAUCUGCGUUGGGCCUCCCGCAAGGCACACGAGCGCCGGUCUGUCCACGCAGCCGGUGGUUUCGACAUUGAUAGUGAGUUGGAGGCCCAGUUCCGUGAUCAGGAGGGGGCCAGUCUGGUCAGCCCAGUGCAGCUCUCCAGCGCCGCUGAGCGAUGGAUGAAUGAACCGCGCCUCCCGUGCGCCGAGGCGGUUCCCACCCUCUUGCAGAUGGAACAAAUGUGUGUCCGACAGGCGGCCGCCAAGGCCCCAGGACCAGACGGACUGCGGAACGAGCUCUGGCGCGCGCAGGGAGCCUCAGCAGGGCAGUGGCUCUGGCCCCUGUGCGUGCGCAUCGCUCUCCAAGGAAGGGAGCCUUUUGCCUUUAAGGCUGCCAUUGUAUGCGCCCUUUACAAGAAGGGCCCUGCCUCUCUUCCUGCCAAUUACCGCUCUAUCGCGCUAUUGAACGGCAUCGCGAAGCUCUGGCAUUCGCACCUGCGCUCCACUGUGGGAGGCCACGUCUUGUCGCGAUACGAGCCUAUGCAGCUUGGGGGCCGCAAAGGUGUCCACACAGGAUUUGCGUUGGCCGCCUUCCGUUGUGCCUGGGACCUUUCCAUCUCUGCCGGCCGAUGUGUUGCCGUGGUCUUCGUCGAUAUCCAGGCCGCGUACUAUGAGGCCAGCCGGGAUCUCCUCUUUGAAGGCUUCCCUGAUGACGUUGCCCUGCCAGAGCAUCACCACCUUGCUGGGCUGGUUCUCAGCCUUCAACAACAAGGGGCCCUAGCUGCCUUGGGUGUUGCAGAGGACGUUGUUGCGCUCCUCCGUGACUGCGUCGCCCUCUCCCACUGGUCACUCUCUGGCUCUUCCAACAUUUUUCUUGCGUCACGGGGGUCUCGUCCAGGUGACGGCCUAGCUGAUAUCCUUUUUGGGGCCCUCUUCGCUGUCGGUCUUCAGCAUAUCCAGCGCGUUGCCACCCGCCAGGGCAUUGUUCACACCAGCGCCGGCGCUGAAGUCGGCCUCUCCCCAGGGGUCAAGCCCAUCGGCUGGGCUGACGACCUUGCGGUUAUGGCCGAUUUUGACCGACCAGCUGAUCUUCUUGUUCAACUGCCCGUGCUGGUCGGCAUUAUCCUUGACACUCUCCGACUCCUCCGAUUUCGUGUUAAUUUGGGUGCGGGUAAAACUGAGGCCCUUGUUGACAUCCGGGGGGAGGGCGCUCGGGCGGCCCGCGGAGCUCUCCUCACUGGUGAUGCCAUGUUAAAGAUCUCUGAUUCUGACAGCAUCAGGUUGUGUCCCGAGUAUAAGUAUCUGGGUGUGGCUCAGCUGCCUCGGGAUACGGGCCGCCGCGACUGUGAGCUUGCCGCCCAACGAGGCGCCGCUGCGGCCUCCCUUGCCCGCACCCUCCUCUGCAGCAAUUGCUUGCCCUGGGAACUUAAACGGGCUUGGGUCGCGGGACGAGUCCUGCCCUCCGCGUAUUCCUCCCUUGCUAUGUCCGGCCGUGCCACGGCCCCUCUCGCUGGCCUCUUCGAUCGCACGGCCAGGAUCCUGUUGUCCUCAUGGCAGGUCGGGCACAAGCUCACCACCCCACUGCUUCGGCUCCUCGCUGACAUUACUCCUCCUGACCUGGCUACUACCAUCAGUCAGUGUCGCCUUUGCGUCCAGCUCUUCUGCAAAGCACCCACAGCGGUGCGUGAAAUCGUCGACGCGGCGUGGAACAGGGCCCUCCCUUGGUGCCAGGCCCUCGUUGCAGCAUGUAUGAGGGUUGGCGUUGCGCUUGAAGUUUGGGACCCUAACUCCCCCCCCGCCGUCACGGUUCUGUUUGUUCAUACUCACAGCCGUGCCCUCCUUCGCGCCUGCAAGGCACUCAGCAAGUUUGGACAUAGGUACUUUGCCUGUGCACAGCUGUGGGAUGACCUCUCUACCCGUAAGGCCACCCAAAUUCUAGGACCCCCCCAGGCCCAUCGAUGCCCGGUGUGCAGCAUCAUCUUCCCGAGCCUGCACGCGGUCAGAGCCCACAUGCAUCGCAAACAUGGCGUGCUGUCCGAUGUGACUGCUUACAUGGCCGGCUCUGUUUGCCUCUGGUGUAUGCACGAUUUCCACUCUUCGGAUCGGCUGAAAUACCAUCUGCAAUCCCACCGGGCCUGCUUGCAUGGACUUCGGGUGACGGUAGGGCCUGUCUACCAAUAUGGGUCGGGCACCAAACGCAAGGGUAGAACGGCCCACAGGGGUGUUCCCCCACAACGCCUAUGCGGGCCCUGCAAUGCCACCCCAGCACAGCGUCGGGCCGCGGAUCUGGGCCUGCCUGCUGAUGAGGAGGAGCUGCAACAGGAGUGGGAUGCAGUGCAGCGCCCACCGGCCCUCUCCGACCUCGUCCCCGGCAACCUGCAACGUCACAGGGUCCUCCAUCGCUGCUCCGACCCCUGCCGGACUUGGAUCUCUCCAAGCUACGGCUCCAGUUUCGGAGCCCUCUCUGUCUCGAUCUUUGCCAUUUGUGGGUUCCUUGCCCUCUUGGUUCUCCUUUGUCGAUGGGGCCGCCUCAGGCAAGGAUUGGGCUCUGCCUACACCCUGGUGGCCCGGGCUUCUCGCCAUGGGUGGGGUCUUUCGGCUUCCCCCAUCGUGGCAUUGCUUCUGGCCCCUGUGGUCAGCCUUGGAGCUCCUUGCCCCUUGGGAGUUCCGGGCCUUCCGGUCGCUUGGCGUCCUCCGUCGCGCCUCGUCUUCCGGGCUUGGUGCUCCUGUGUCUCUUGGCGAUGCGACCUCCGGCAGAUGGUUGUUCUGCGGUUUGGCGCCCUCUGGAUUCCCGGGCGCCCCAGUCAACAGGGCCUUGUCCUCUUGCGGCGGCUGCUUCCUUCUGCCGUCUUCUUGGACUUCUGGUCCCCUGCUGGUCCUGUUUUCCUGGCUGCGAGCUCUGCUUCCUUGGCCUCGUCUGCUCGCGCCAUCAUUGCCGGUUCUGCUCCUGCGGCCCCGCCCCCGCUUUCCUUGCGGGCUUUCUGGGCCUAUCCGGCUGCCUGA